GGGGAGGCACCCGGCUCACUUUUCCACAUCACUUCACAGUUACAUUUGGCAGGCAGGCGGGCUCGCAUGCCGGAGCGCUCGUCCCAGAAUUAGUGGAUGGAUUUGGAAUCCCCCUGCUUCCUCGAAGCUCCGCCGCCGCUGCUUUGGGCAUAGACCCGAGCGUCAACACACCAGCUGUACUUUUGGGCGGCAGACACCCUAGCCCAGCGCGCCGGCUCUGCAUCUCCGCACCAGGCGCCGCAGCUUCGAGAGGCAUGAACACGAUCCGGAGAAGACUACCCGGGGCGCGGGGAUCCGUGGACAUUCGCCACCCGCAGGAGCUGACCCCCAGCUCCUCUGGCAAUUUAUGAACCAGAAGGCUUGAGGUUUUUCUGCAUCUGGGAACCCGACCUGAAAAAUUUCAAUGAGAAGGAAAACAAAUGGAUUGUGGUCUUUGAAAGGCUGCUUAGACAUGUCUGUUUCCUGGUCCUCUGAACACGUGGCAGAGCUGUAAGUAACCUCUUCGCACUGCGUGAUGAAUUGGAUGGCUUCAGACCCCAGGCAAAAAAAAUAAUUGUCUCAUUUUUGCGCUGAUUUGCUUAACUGGUGGGACCAUGCCAGAAAGGCUAGCUGAGACGCUCGUGGACCUCUGGACUCCAUUAAUAAUAUUAUGGAUUACCCUCCCCUCCUGUGUGCACACGGCUCCGAUGAAUCAGGCUCACGUUUUAACUACUGGAUCCCCUUUGGAACUAAGCAGGCAGAGUGAAGAACUGCGUAUUUUGAACCGCUCCAAAAGAGGCUGGGUUUGGAAUCAAAUGUUUGUCCUGGAAGAAUUUUCUGGACCUGAACCGAUUCUCGUUGGCCGGUUACACACAGACCUGGAUCCUGGAAGCAAAAAAAUCAAGUAUAUCCUAUCAGGAGAUGGAGCUGGGACAAUCUUUCAAAUAAACGAUAUAACGGGAGAUAUCCAUGCUAUAAAAAGACUCGACCGAGAGGAAAAGGCUGAGUAUACCUUAACGGCUCAGGCAGUGGACUGGGAGACAAACAAACCUCUUGAGCCUCCUUCUGAAUUUAUUAUUAAAGUUCAAGACAUCAACGACAAUGCACCUGAGUUUCUCAAUGGACCUUAUCACGCCACUGUUCCCGAGAUGUCCAUUUUGGGUACGUCUGUCACUAAUGUAACAGCCACCGAUGCUGAUGACCCAGUUUACGGAAACAGUGCAAAGUUGGUUUACAGUAUCUUGGAAGGACAGCCGUAUUUUUCCAUUGAGCCUGAAACAGCUAUUAUAAAGACUGCCCUCCCUAACAUGGACCGAGAAGCUAAGGAGGAGUACCUGGUCGUAAUCCAAGCCAAGGAUAUGGGUGGACACUCUGGUGGUCUGUCUGGAACCACAACACUCACAGUGACCCUUACCGAUGUUAAUGACAAUCCUCCAAAAUUCGCACAGAGUUUGUAUCACUUCUCGGUGCCUGAAGAUGUGGUUCUCGGCACCGCAAUAGGAAGGGUGAAAGCUAAUGACCAGGAUACUGGGGAAAAUGCACAGUCAUCGUAUGACAUCAUUGAUGGGGAUGGAACAGCACUCUUUGAAAUCACUUCUGAUUCCCAGGCCCAAGAUGGUGUUAUUAGACUGAGAAAGCCUCUGGACUUUGAGAGCAAAAAAUCGUAUACGCUGAAAGUGGAGGCAGCCAAUAUCCACAUUGACCCACGUUUCAGUGGCAGGGGACCCUUUAAGGAUACAGCAACAGUAAAAAUUGUUGUAGAGGAUGCUGAUGAGCCCCCAGUCUUCUCUUCACCAACUUACCUCCUUGAAGUCCACGAAAAUGCUGCUUUGAACUCCGUGAUUGGCCAAGUGACAGCACGUGACCCCGAUAUCACUUCUAGUCCAAUAAGGUUUUCCAUCGACCGUCACACUGACCUGGAGAGACAGUUCAACAUCAAUGCGGAUGAUGGCAAGAUCACACUGGCCACUCCACUGGACAGAGAAUUAAGUGUCUGGCACAACAUCACCAUCAUUGCUACUGAGAUCAGGAACCACAGUCAGAUAUCUCGAGUGCCUGUUGCUAUUAAAGUGCUGGAUGUCAAUGACAACGCCCCUGAAUUCGCAUCCGAAUAUGAGGCAUUUUUAUGUGAAAAUGGAAAACCCGGCCAAGUCAUUCAAACAGUAAGCGCCAUGGACAAAGAUGAUCCCAAAAAUGGACAUUAUUUCUUGUACAGUCUUCUUCCAGAAAUGGUCAACAACCCAAAUUUCACCAUCAAGAAAAACGAAGAUAAUUCCUUGAGCAUUCUCGCAAAACAUAAUGGAUUCAACCGCCAGAAGCAAGAAGUCUACCUUCUACCUAUAGUGAUCAGUGACAGUGGGAACCCGCCUCUGAGCAGCACCAGCACCCUGACCAUCCGAGUCUGUGGCUGUAGCAAUGAUGGUGUGGUCCAGUCCUGUAAUGUCGAAGCUUAUGUCCUUCCUAUUGGACUCAGUAUGGGCGCCUUAAUUGCCAUACUAGCAUGCAUCAUUUUGCUGCUAGUCAUUGUGGUCCUGUUUGUUACCUUGAGACGGCACAAAAAUGAGCCUCUAAUUAUCAAAGAUGACGAAGACGUUCGGGAAAACAUCAUUCGCUACGAUGACGAAGGAGGCGGGGAGGAGGACACCGAGGCUUUUGACAUCGCAACUUUGCAAAACCCAGAUGGAAUUAAUGGAUUUUUACCCCGGUGGGGAUUGCCAACUCAAAGGUGGGAGGAGAGAAAUGCCGUUCAAACAGGCUGUGGCUAGAAGCAGGAUUCCUGAUUCCCUCCACUGCAUCUUCUUCCACAAGGACACAGAGAUAAACUGUAUUCCACAGUGGACCACAUCAGAGACAGAUGGUUUUAUUGCUAGCGUGUGAAUUUAUUUGUUUAAUCCUCAAAAUAAAUAUUUUAUUGAUGUCCAAUAAUGCUUUUAUUUAUUAAGGUUGGUAAUCUAUAGAUUAAGGGAUUAUAUGGGGGAAAGCUAAAUUAUAUCCAUUAAUAAUCCUUUAGAUUGUUUUAUAUUACUAUCUAUACAAUGAAUGUUUAAUACAUGUACAUUUUGAUGAGAUAAGUAUGGCAGGCAAUAUUAUCAAGGGGAGAGGAAAUAGUCUCUUUAGAGUAGAAAGUGUUAUUGUGACUGGUGAUUACAGGAACAGCAUUUCCCAGAGAAACUUUUGGACUGUUUUCUAUUUUCUUCAUAAUCCUAGUAUUUGGUGUUUUUACAACAAGCACAAACAUCUGAAAGCAUAUUAAUUCCUGUGAAUAUUUAAAGUCUAGACUUUUAGAUAUCUAUAUAAUGCCCCAGCCAAUAAACAUACUUCAAGUUGCCCUCUCCCAACUAAUUUAGAGCAGAAACUGAUUUGUACAUAAUUUUACUGCUUAUGUUUUUUACACUUCUGUCCCUGGUCAUGGUGAUAUGCAGAACGUCUUAGACUACAAAAACAGAACAGCGCUAGAAGAUGUGAGCAUAUUUAAUUUGUAAUGCAGAGCUGCCAUGUAGGAGUAGAAAAUGUAUGAUAAAACUCAAGUAUUCCAUGCAGAACACUUUACUUUUCUACUUUGCUUUAAUGCAAUAUUGUUUAUUUACUCCAUGUGUUGUACUCAGAGAAACUCCUGUAUUGUUUCCUACUUUGUGAAAUAUAUUUUUAUAAAUACCUUUGUUGUCAUCAUUUUUUCCAGAUACAUGACGUUUUCUUAGCACAACUAUUGACUCUAACUAAAAUUCUAAAUUGGGCAUUCAAAUCACACUGUGGGCCAUUCUUAGAUUUAACAGUCUUCAGUACAAACAA